AUGGCGCUUGUCGAGGGCUGGUUGCCGCCCACUCGGGAGAACUGGGAGACCCUCACCAUCGUGUGGCAGCUUUCCUGGCCCGUGUUUGGCUCGCUGCAAUACUUCAUCAGCUGGUACGGUAUGGGCAAGACAUCGGUCCAGAGCCGCCUCAACAUCCCCGGCCGCCUCGCCUGGUUCCUGAUGGAGAUCCCUGGCGUCACUACCCUGCUGUACAUCAUGAACACCCUGCCCGCCCAGCUCGGCAUCCACGACCUGCCGUGGCAGAACAAGGUGCUCGCCGGCCUAUUCGUACGUCCCAUGUCCCCCCUCUCUCUUCUUAUUCGGGUCUUACCACAAACCCACAACGCGAGAUCCGUACAACUGACAAUGACGACCAAGACGAUCCACUACGCCUAUCGCGCAGUCAUCUUCCCCAUCGUGCAGCCCUCCAUGUCGCCCAUCCACCUCCUCGUCGCCCUUUCCGCCCUGUCUUUCCAGCUAAUGAACGGCGCCUGUCUGGGCAGCUACCUCGCCGCCUACGGGCCCACCACAAAGGCCCAGUGGGAUGCCGCCCUCGGCUUCGGCGGCGUCGCCCAGUUCGUCGCCGGCAUCGCCAUCUUCUAUGUCGGCCUCGCCGGCAACUACUUUCACGACGAGGAGCUCCGCGAGAUCCGCCGCGCCGAGCAGCGGCGCCAGGAAAAGGCCGUCGCUGCCAGCAAAGGCGGCAACGGCGGCAAGGGUGUGCACAAGCACUACCGCAUCCCCGAAGCCAUGCUGUUCCGCUACAUGUUGUAUCCGCACUACUUCUGCGAGUGGGUCGAGUGGUUCGGCUUCUGGAUGGCGAGCGGCUGGAGCGUCCCCGGCCGGGCUUUCCUCCUCAACGAGAUCUUUGUCAUGUUCCCGCGCGCGAGGAGCGGCAGGCGCUGGUACGUCGACCAGUUUGGCGAGGAGAAGAUCCGGAAGAAGUGGACCAUUGUCCCGGGCGUCUACUGA